CCCGGGGACGACGCGCAGAUUAAGGCGUUUGCUGAAGGCUACGGUGUGAAGUUUGACAUGUUCAGCAAGAUCGAUGUCAACGGGGACGAUGCUCACCCGCUCUGGAAGUGGAUGAAGGAGCAGCCCAAAGGCAGAGGCACCUUGGGCAAUGCAAUAAAAUGGAACUUCACCAAGUUCCUCAUUAACCGGGAGGGCCAAGUGGUGAAGAGGUACAGUCCGAUGGAGGAUCCCUACGUGAUCGAGAAGGACCUGCCUGCCUACCUGUAG